AUGGACAACGGCCAUGUGAUUUCUGGUUUUCAGUUGCAAAAAGAGUGGCCAGAGUGUCUGGUUGAAGCUUGCCUGAAAGAAGCAUUUGAAGAGAAAAUUCCAGAUGGUGUAGAUUUCGAGAUUCUCAUGCCCGUCCACAGAACCUUGGUGAAACCGACUCUUGCUCCUGGUCAAGUUCUAAACGGCGUAAUGGUGCACAGAAUAUUUAAGGAAAAACCUAUAUACAUCAGACCAUUAGAACAAAUAUGUGAUGUCAGCAGUUUCAGCAUGAAGAGAUCCGCAGAAGAAAAUCAGGAGGAUGACCCUGUACCUCAGAGUCCAAAGGUAAACUUCUUAUGUGGAUUGAUAUGCUAUCUACAUUUUAACACCCUCGGGACUAGUUUACCUGUAUAAUGUCGUGAAUAAAAUAUGCCGUCCAGUUAAUGUAACCCAGCCAACCACUGAUGCAAGCCCAAGACAAUGUGUGCAUUACUUGCCUGCCACCUUGAGAGGGCUGGUUGUUAAUUCAUAGAUUGCAUUUUUCUUUUUCAAAUUUUUUAGGAGAUCAUUGUUGAAUAGACUGAAGAGGAUCUUCCACAGAUGUUGGAUGCUGCUCGUGAAGGUAAAAUAUUUACUGAAUAUUGUCUUGGGAAAUAAAGAGAAUAGAUGCUGCCUAUUAGCACUGUACUCUGACACCACAAUAUACAACUUCAAAAACAGAACAAAACUUUGAAAACUACUGAAAAUUUUGUUUUGAUGCCAUUAUUUAUUUACAGAA